AUGCCCGCCGUCAGGCUGCUCGCGCUGGCGCCCGCACCGGGCCAGCAGCUGCAGCUCCUACGCAGCGCCGGCAGUGCCAGCAGCAGCAGCACAACGAGGACAACGACAGCUGGACAAAGCAGCAGCUAUUCUAAAGAUCGGAACGGCCUUGCGUCUCCCAAAGUGCCAUCGCCAUCCAGGGCCAUGUCGACGAGCGCCGCCCCCGCCCCGCAUCAUCGUCCGUCGACGCAGCCGAGCUGGUCCCGAGGCGCGUCACCCACGGCCGUGGCACCGUUCCUCGCGCGGGCACAGCGGCCAUCCUCCACCGCCGAAGCCAAGGCGAAUACGCAGCGCGCUCGGAUACCACACCACCACCAGGCUCCAGCCGCAUGCAGAGCCUUUGGAUCGGCGACAAUGCCUAAGCAGGUCGCCUUCCCGCGACACGGCAAGGCGGUUGCCCCACAGCAAACCCCCACGAACGAAAACGAGGCAACCGCCACAACAACUUCGCCAAUGCCCGAGGACGCGACAGCAGAGCCAACGACAGGAGCAGAACCAAAGACUGCGCCAUCAUCAGCACCUCCAAACGAGCAGCGACCGGCCAAAACGAAUGGCAAGCGGACCAAAGCAGCAUCCAGCGGGGCCAAGGCAAAGCCGGCCGCAGCAGCAGUAGCAGCAGUAGCACCAGAAGAUUCAGCAGAGCCAGCCGAUCUAGCUCCUCCAGCGGACCAGACGAUACCGACCGCAUCGAUAGGACAUGCGGAGCCGACAAGCGCGCCUGCGUCGCAAGAGGCGUCUUCAGUGGCCGUGGACGCGCAGGACACUCUGGGCCGCACAGACGGACCGACCACAACAGCUAAACCCACUGACCCCGCUGGUGUAGUAGCCGAGGCGGCAGCAUCAGCAACCACUGCAGCAGAAACGGCCACUAUCGCUGCCGCCAUUCUAGACGGCACAUCACCAGUAAUCGAGCUUGGUCCGCCCAAGGUCACCAUCGGCGCGGUCCUCGAGCCGGGUCAGAAACAACAAGAGCAGGCUGAUCAGCAGCAGCAGCAACAGCAGCAACAAAAAUCAGGAGACCAAGGAUCGUCGUCGCCACGCCAGCCACUGUCACAGAGCAAGCUGCUUCCACCGCACCUGACCACGCCGCCGUACGUGCAUCACUUUGACAGCUACUCGCUGGUGAAGCAGCUCGAGGCCGGCGGUUACCGGCAGGGACAGGCCAUCACGGCCAUGAAGGCCGUGCGGACGCUGCUGGCGCAGAACCUGGAUGUGGCGCAGACCGGUCUUGUCAGCAAGAGUGACGUCGAGAACGAGGCGUACCUGUUCAAGGCAGCAUGUGCCGAGCUCAGCAUUGAAGUGCGGAACAACCGCCGGCGCGCCGACGAGCUUGUGCGUCAGCAGCGCACACUGCUGCAGCACGAGGUGGACAUUGCUUCCCAGUCCGUCAACCAGGAGCUGGUGACGCUGGCCGACGUGGUCAAGGAGCUGUUCAACGACCGCAAGAUGGCUGUCCGGGAGGAGCAAAAGACGCUCGAGAGCGCGAUCCAGCAGCUGAGCUACAAGAUCACGAUUAUGCUCAACAGCGAGAUGCGGUCGGAGAUUGAGGGUCUGCGGUGGGUGUUGAUCCGGCGGUCCGUGCUGGGCAUCAUCUUCAUGGCCAUCCUGACGCUGGGCACGCUGCGGUACGCGAGCUACGUCAGCCACGAGAAGAAGAACGCGGCAGAGCGUGCGCUGCGCGAGGCACACGAGGCGGAGAUGCAGCGGUUUGCCGACACAAAGAUCGAUAGCAGCGCGCCACCGGAUGCCGCAGAGAUUUUGGCAGCAAACUGA